CCAGCACACAGCCAACAUACAACAUUCACCAGUAGGUCGUCAACACCUGCGUGCGCUCUGAAAAUUAUGUCUGGUGUGCAGACGUUGCGUCUGCGUCACCCAACUAAUACGGAGGACUCCAAGCCACGGGAACCCACCAAACGGCACACAGGAAUCCUCCAGGAUCAGCUGCGGAGAGCUGCGCGUCCGCCAUGGUGUCCCAGCUUCUCCAUGGCUGUCCGACUUCUUUUACUCAUCCGAGUCGCCGCCGCGAUGUACGCCAACAUACAGGACUGUGAUGAAGUCUUCAACUACUGGGAGCCCCUGCAUUAUCUGGACAAGGGGUAUGGAUUCCAAACGUGGGAAACGUCACCUGUCUACGCCAUUCGGAGUUGGGCGUAUAUUGUCUUGCAUUAUAUCCCCGUGAAGCUUCUGACCUGGGUCAUCCAUGAGACGGGCAAGAGACCGGCAUUCUUUGCCGUGCGAGCCUUCUUGGCUAUCGCGUGUAGCAUCUGUGAAGCGAAAUUAUAUGACACCGUGAAGCAGAAAAUCAAUAACCGAGUGGCCAGGUAUAUGUUGUUCAUGCUGGCGACCAGUGCUGGCAUGUGGAACGCGUCUAUAGCCCUCCUUCCAUCGACGUUUGCUAUGUUCGCGAACACCUUAGCGUGUUCAUUCGCGUUCAUUCCGGCGAGCAAUCAAAAUGGCAGGCGCACCCUUGCGGCUACCCUUCUGUUUGCCACUGGAGCCAUCGUGGGUUGGCCUUUCGCUCUCGCACUCGCGAUGCCCUUUGUAUUCGAGGAGCUGUUCGUCUUCGCCGGUGAUCGGGUGACGCCCAGCGCCAAAGGAAGCUGGCUCGUGAACAGGUGGACAAGGCUCUUGUUGUGCGGCGGCGCAGCGAUGCAAAUUGCUGUCCCGGUCAUUCUCGUCGACACUUUCUUCUACGGUCAAAUUGUCGCUGUUCCAUGGAACAUCAUCAAGUACAACGUGUUCCCUGACGUGGCGCGAGGCCCUGAUCUGUAUGGCACUGAGCCGUGGUCUUUCUAUAUCCUGAACCUUUUGCUCAACUUCAAUAUCUUGCUCCCGCUCGCUCUAAUUUCGAUUCCGGCGCUGGCAGUCACGUACCGCAUCGACCGCCGCCGCCUCGGUCUGGUGAGACCUAGUACAGAAGAGAGUUCGCCUUUUAUUCUAUUGGCCCUUAGGCUACUUCCUUUUUAUAUCUGGCUGGCAAUCCUCACGGUGCAAGCUCACAAGGAGGAGAGGUUCAUGUAUCCUGCAUACCCUCUCAUCUGCUUUAAUGCUGCUGUCAGCGUCUAUCUGAUCAGAGGGUGGGCCGAGAUUGUGUUCAUCAAAGCGACGAGCUCCCCAUACCGAGCGUCAAAAUCGUCCAUUUUCCGGUCGGUCACGCUUUCCAUAACCUUGUUUGCGGCGAUUGUCUCCUUCUCGCGGAUUCUGGCGCUCUGGAAGUACUAUCACACCCCUAUGACUGUCAUGUACCGACUCCAGGCUGAUGAGCUUCCCCGUGUUCUCAACGCCACUGGCAUCGCCUUGCGCCCUCACCCUAUCGCGCCAGACAGGCGAACGCGCCGCAAUGCCGACGAGGACCCGAUCGACCUCUCGCCCAUCAAGGAGUUUGGCUUGAGAGUCUGCAUCGGCAAAGAAUGGUAUCGGUUCCCCGGACACUACCUUGUGGCCGAUGGGGUCAGAGUGGACUGGAUCAAGAGCGAGUUCGACGGUCAGUUGCCGGCGCAUUUCAAGCCCACUACGGGAGGCCUGCGGUCAAGGAUCGUGGGUACGAGCGCUAUUCCGUUAGGCUUGAACGAUCUUAACCGGGAGGAGCCCAUGCACUACGUCGACGUGUCCACCUGCGACUAUCUUGUGGAUCUGGACUUCCCACAUGAUCCCGUCUCGUCGACCUACGAGCCGCGCUAUGCCGUCCAGAGCGAUACCUGGGAGCGUGUAGCGUGUCUCCCUUUCUUGGACGCUCGACACUCUUCGCUGUUGACGAGGACGCUGUGGCUACCUGGGGAAACGUGGCAGUCGCUCAACAAGUACGGCGACUACUGCUUGCUGCGGCACAAACAAAACGUGGAAGAUAAAAUCAGGGUGGUUGGGGAGGCGAUUGCGAAGGGGGAAAUCAAGUUAUAGACGGCCGUUAUGUAUCUUGCGUUGAUCUAUUAGACGAAAACAUAACCAAGCCAUGGAGGGCGUAGUCCCUCGGCAUUCG